CCCCCUCACCUUACAUUACUCUCAUUUUGAUAUAAAUAUACAAACACACACCAUAUGACACCAACUUGGCAUUUUAGUUUCCACUUAACAUUUUUCUUUUUGAACUACUUCUGCACUUUUUCCAAGGGCUAGCUUAUACAUAUAUAAAUAUACAUGCGCGCAUCAUCUUACUUUGUUUGGAUUAUUCUGGAAAAAUUAAAUCACCACCACCAUCACCAUCAUAUAUAUACUCAGCUUUAAUUGUUAAUUUGUGAGACAAAAAAAAAAACCUAAUUAAUCCAAAUGCCCGACAGUAUGAGUAUAUCUGUAAACGGCCAAUCUCAAGUCCCUCCAGGCUUCAGAUUCCAUCCAACUGAGGAAGAACUUUUGCAGUACUACUUGAAGAAGAAGGUCUCCAAUCAGAGUAUCGAUCUCGACGUUAUUCGCGAUGUCGAUCUCAAUAAGCUCGAGCCGUGGGAUAUCCAAGAGAGGUGUAAAAUAGGAACAACUCCACAAAACGAUUGGUACUUCUUUAGCCAUAAAGACAAGAAGUAUCCGACGGGAACGCGGACUAAUCGGGCCACAGCGGCCGGUUUCUGGAAAGCGACGGGGCGUGACAAGGUGAUUUACAGCAACUCCAAAAGGAUUGGUAUGAGGAAGACUCUAGUCUUUUACAAAGGCAGAGCUCCUCAUGGACUCAAGUCCGAUUGGAUUAUGCACGAAUACAGACUCGAUGAUAACACUAUUACUACUACAAACGACAUCAUCAUUACCAAUAAUAUACAUGGUGAGAAUAAUUCUCCGGAAGAGGGAUGGGUGGUUUGUCGUAUAUUCAAGAAGAAAAAUCAUCAUCAGAAAAGUAGUGUAGGUCAUCAGAGUACUAGUAGUCCAGUGGUUAACACCGUACUAAUGGAAUCAACGGAGGAGAUGACGGUGUUUGAUUCUUCAUCAAUCGGUGACGAGGGGGCUUUGGAGCAAAUAUUUCAGUACAUGGGAAAGACUGGUACUACUUGCAAGGAAGAAGACGCAGGUACAGAAAACGACACCAAUGAUGACACAAACGACAACUCAAAAAACUGCAGAUUUCUUCCAAUCAACAACGACACUACUACUUCAUCAUUAUUCUUGAAGCUUCCAAGCCUGGAGAGCCCAAAUUCUAGCCAAAACGGUUAUCACCAACCCAUCAAUAAUAAUAAUAACAAUGGCGACAUUAUUAGUCCAAAUUUUGGGUUUAUGAAUAAUCAUCAUCAGAUGAUGUUGGACUCGAAUCUGAUGAUCAUAUCCAACUGGGCAACUCUUGAUCGGCUAGUGGCUUGCCAGUUAAAUGGUCAGACUGAUCAGGCUUCCAUGGAUUAUUGUACUGAUAAUAAUCAGAAUCAUCAUCAUCAUAUGCAAGUACCUCCAGUGACCACUACCACCGUCCGAUCAUCUUCAUCAACUAAUAAGCCCCAAGCUGAAUACAACAACGAAAUUGGGCUCUGGAGUAGUACUUUUGCCAAGUCAUCAUCAUCAUCAUUGUUGCCGUCCGACCCAAUAUGCCACGUGUCCAAUGCUUCAUUAUAACAUAACAAACCCAACUAAUAAUUAAUAAUGAGAAGAAUUAUAUAUUUUAUAAUUUUAUUUUAUAUAUAUAUUAUGUGUCAUGUAGUUGUUCGAAGUGAUAUAGAGAAACAUAAUUACCAGGCAGUUAUAUAUGUGUAACGAUCGCAAUUAAUAUUAAUUACAUUUACAUGGUGUUUAGAAUUAAACAACUAAUUUAUAAUAAUAAAAAAAAGAAGGUGAUAAUUAAGAAAGAAAGCUUUAGAUGGGAUGGCAUUGUCAACCAAUUUUAUUAUUA